AUGUUUGUUGAUAAUUCUGACAACGUUGAAAAAGAAAUUGUAGAGCAAGAAACCAAGCAUUUCCGUAAAGUGCUCAGUACUUUUGCAUUAUAUAAGAAACAUGCAUUAUCCGCAAAUAAUCGUCGAAGAAAUGAUUACCAUUCGUUGGCGGAACGUCAUAAAACCUUAAUACCGGAUUAUUUAGAAAGAUUGAAUAAUAUAGAUAAAGCGAUUUCUAAAAAUUAUCAUGUUUUAAAGAAAAUUAUGAUUGAUAAUAUGGAAGAUAUCAAUUCGAAUAAUUUAAUUGUUGAAGAUGAUAAGGAUUCUAAAAGUUCACAAGUAACAGAAUUUGAUAUGGAUAAAUUAAGAAGCACGAUUAAACAAUUUGUUAGAGAAUGGUCAUUAGAAGGACAACCAGAAAGGGAUUCUACUUUUAAGCCUCUCCUUGGAACGUUGAUUGACUUUUACAAAGACAUUCCCAUUGAAGAAAGAUCAUCAAUUAAUGUGUUAGUUCCCGGAGCUGGUUUGGGACGAUUGGCUUUCGAUAUCGUUUCUCUUGCUGUCAAGUUAUUAUCAUCACACUUUAUUUUGAACAGGAUUGAAAAAAUUCAUCAAUACGAAAUAUAUCCUUUCAUUCAUUCUUUUUCCAAUAUCGUUUCGGUUGAUGAUCAAUUAAAACCAAUACAUAUUCCUGACGUAUUACCAAGUAAUAUUCCUCGAGAUGCAAAUUUUUCAAUGGUUGCGGGAGAUUUUGUAGAAGUAUAUACGGGUGAUCAACAUAUUGGUAGAUUUUUAUAA